GCCUUAGAAAGCUAUCUAGCUAAUAAUUUCCCACCUACUUCAUUCUUUUCCUAAUCAAAUCUCUUCUCCAUUUAUAACCCACCUACUCUUGCGUGCGUACGUACAUCGUUUAACUCCCUCCCAACAAAGAUGAACUUUCUCCGGUGGUACUUCUUGCUUUUCGCCAUAAUUAAUAAUGGCAUGGUCAUCCCCAUCAAUGGUUUUCUCGACGAGAUUACGACGAGGCUGGAGUUGAUACACCGAAACUCCCCAAAACUUUCUGGCCACAGCAAUGUCUUCUUGGGAGAGAGACCGAGAACCCAGAUGGAAAAUGUCAAACAGUUUCACCAACGCGACGUUCUGCGGCGCAGGACCAUCGAAACGGCGUCGUCGUCGUCGUCCGUGAAGCUGCCUAUAAAUUCUGGGUCCGACUAUGGGACUGGGGAGUACUUUGUUCACGUCACAGUUGGGACACCAGGGCAGAGAUUCGUGUUGGUUGCGGACACUGGGAGUGAAUUGACAUGGAUUAACUGUAGAUAUAGGAAUGACUGUGGUCGUGAUAAUAAGUGCGCUGUUGACCCUAAACAGCAGGCUAUGAAACCCACCUUUAAAGCUGAUCAAUCUUCUUCGUUUCGAACUGUGCCUUGUUCUUCUGCUAUGUGUAAGACUGAGCUUGCUGAACUCUUUUCUCUCGCCAAAUGUCCUACACCAUCGACCCCAUGUGGCUAUGAUUACAGGUACCUGCAAGGUUCUGCAGCACUCGGCUUCUUUGGCAAUGACACUGUAUCAGUAGACCUGACCAAUGGCAUGAAAAGAAGACUAAACAAUGUCCUGAUUGGGUGCACUCAAUCGAUCAAGGAUGAGCAAGGCAACUUCAAAGGAGCUCAUGGGGUACUUGGGCUAGGCAAUGGCAAGUACACAUUCACAACAAAAGCAGCUCAAGAUUUUGGGGCCAAGUUCUCAUACUGCUUGGUUGAUCACUUGAGCUCCCAAAACUUGACAAACUACAUAGUAUUCGGCUCCAACAGGCCUAAAACUGCACUGUUGAGCCGAGUGCAGCGUACCCCUCUCGUUUUGGGGGGAGUUCUUGGCCCGCUCUAUGGCGUAAAUGUUAUGGGAAUCUCUGUUGGGGGUAAACCGGUAAAAAUACCAGCAGUGGUCUGGGAUGCGAAGCGUGGAGGUGGAACGAUCCUUGAUUCGGGAACCAGCCUAACAUUUCUAGCAGAGCCAGCUUACCGGUCGGUGACUGCUGCGUUCAGCAAGUACAUGUCAAAGUUUCAAAGAUUGCCUGACGAUGGAGGACCAUUCGAGUUCUGCUAUAACUCAACAAGGUUUAGGGACUCUCUGGUACCAUCAGUAAAAAUCCAAUUGGCAAAUGGAGCUGUGUUUGAGCCCCCAAUGAAGAGCUAUAUCCUUGAUGUUGCACCUGAGACUAGGUGUCUUGGAAUUGUUUCAGCUAGUUGGCCGGGCACCUCUAUCAUUGGCAAUAUCAUGCAGCAAAACCACUUGUGGGAAUUUGAUUUGGGCAAAAGUCUCUUAAGCUUUGCCCCCUCUACAUGUACUUAA